AUGUCUCAACCAGGUAUUCCAUUGAAAAUCACCGUCAUUGGUGCUGGUAUGGCCGGUCUGUCAUCAGCAAUAGCACUCUCAGACAUAAACCCCGACCACCAGAUUACAGUCCUAGAAUCCAAUGCCUCUCUCAGCGAGCUUGGCGCCGGACUGCAGCUCUUCCCAAAUAGCACCCGCAUCCUGCACAAAUGGGGCCUAACACCAUCCCUGGAGAAGGUCGCCUUCCAAUCCUCUCAUAUGUCCGUUCGGCGCUGGCAAGACAACACCGAACUGUCCUUCAACAUGAACAAUCCCACUAGCACAUGGCUCUAUGGUUGGCCCCAAUGGCAGGUCUACCGACCAGACCUGCAACAAGUGCUUUUCGAGCGCGUAAAGCAGCUACCCAACGUGUCUGUUUCCUUUGGAAAAUCUGUUCUAUCCGUGGACCACGAAACCGGCACUGUCCAUACGGCAGAUGGUGAAACCAUCGAAGCGGACCUCACGGUCGCGGCAGAUGGGAUCUGGUCCAAGGCCAGGCGAUGCUUGCCAGCGUCAAAGGAUGUGGCCCCUACGCCGUAUCGGGAACAUAACUAUCGCGCUGUGAUUCCGCGGUCGCGAAUGCUCUCUAACCCCAUUACUGCACCCUUCAUGGCUUCCCCAGAAGCCAAAUCAUGGGUGGGGCCCGGUGCGUUUGUGUUAGGGUAUACGGUUGCCUCAAGCGAGUUGUAUAAUGUUGUAAUCGGUGUCCCGCGACCGAGCGAAGGGGUGCCGCUCGGGGCUUGGAAUCACCCUGCCGAUAUUGAGACGAUGCGCGGGCUUGUAUCGGAGUGGUGUGAGGAGGUGCGGGCGUUGGCGUCUCUUAUACAAGAGGGGGAGUGCGUUUCCUGGACUUUGGGUGAAGUGGCUCCUAUUCCCAGUUACGUCAGUGCUUCUGGAAGAGUAGCGCUGGUUGGGGAUGCGGCUCAUGCCCUCCUCCCUCAUGCUGCGCAGGGAGCAGGGAUGGCGAUUGAAGAUACGGCAAGUCUGGCAGAGUUUGUGGGGCAUUUGAGAUCGAAGGAGGAUCUGACGAAAGUGAUGAAUGCGUGGAGCCAGUUUAGGCAGGCUCGCGUGGAGCAUUUGCGCAGCAUCAGCUGUGGCAAUGCUGUUGACAUGACUCUCCCGGAUGGGGAACUUCAGAUCGCCCGAGAUGCUAAAUGGAAUGCUAUUCGUGAUAUGCAGCGGUCACAAUUAGCCGAACUUGGACUUGAGAAGGUUAGAGAGAAGGUGAUUAGGGAGAGGCCGGCGCCGGAUCCAGCUUGCAAAAGCACGUUUGAGCCUGGUGGUAGAAUGUGGGUCAAUGGGUUUGACGUGAGUGAGGAGAGUAGAAAGUUCUGUAGAGAGCAUCUAGGAUUUGAGGUAUCAGUCUAG